AUGGAUCCCCAAAAGACAAGCAAGAAGGCCCAAGAAACCAUGGGCGAAGCUACCGAGCAAGCCUCGAGCACAGCCUCGGGCAUGACCGACACGCUCGCGGGCGCCGCCAAGCCCGUCACCUCGACGCUCGGCAACACGCUCGGCGGCGUGGCCAACACGGUCGGCGGCACCGUGGGCGCGGCGACUCGGGGGCUGGGGGAGACGGUCAGUAGCGCGGUUCCCGGCGGUAUCGGAAAGCCCGUGGGGGAUGUGGUGUCGAAUAUUGGGAGUGGAGUGGAGAGGGGCGCGAAGGAGGUGGGCAAGGGGGUGAAGGAUGCCGGGGAGUUGAAGGGGAGUGAGCAGCAGUAAGAAGAAAGAUAGAUGGUGUAAAAGGAGGAUUUGUGAGUGAGUGGAAAGGCCACGAAGAGAAGUGAGAAAGAAAAAUCGGAAAACUGACAGAAAACAAGGAAAGGAAAACGUGAAAGGCAUUGUUCAGUGGUUUGUUUGGGUGUAUGA